AGGCACGCGCUGGCUGAGCCUCCAGCUGAUGCCUGAUCCGCACCGGACGCAGGGAGGAAGGGAGGCAGAGAGGCGCCCUUCCCGGCCACAGGCAGAGCCGAGACCGCGGCUGAGCGGGGAGCUGCCCAUGGCCGACAAGAGCUUCAUCGAGGAGUCCGAGCCGUGCCCGCGGAAGGACGAGGCUCUGGAGUGGGGCUACGAGGAAGGAGUGGAGUGGGGACUGAUUUUUCCUGAUGCAAAUGGGGAAUACCAGUCUCCGAUCAACCUGAAUUCGAGAGAAGCCAAAUAUGACCCUUCUCUCCUGGAAGUGCGCCUGGCGCCAAACUAUGUUGUCUGCCGGGACUGCGAAGUCAUUAACGAUGGGCAUUCGAUUCAGAUUGUCCUGAAGUCGAAAUCAGUGUUAGUAGGUGGGCCAUUACCUCGGGGACAUGAGUUUGAACUAUAUGAUGUUCGAUUUCACUGGGGAAGAGAAAACCAGCGUGGUUCUGAACACACUGUUAAUUUUAAAGCUUUUCCCAUGGAGCUCCAUCUAAUGCAUUGGAAUUCUACACUAUACAACAGUAUUGAAGAGGCAGUUGGGAAAAAGCAUGGAAUAGCUAUUAUUGCUUUGUUUGUGCAGAUAGGAAAGGAACACGCAGGCCUAAAAGCUGUCACCGAAGUUCUUCAGGACAUCCAGUACAAGGGGAAGUCCAAAACAAUACCCUGUUUUAAUCCCAACUCGUUGUUACCAGAUCCUCUUCUACGUGAUUAUUGGGUAUAUGAAGGCUCUCUCACCAUUCCACCCUGCAGUGAAGGUGUUACCUGGAUAUUGUUUAGAUAUCCAUUGACUCUGUCCCAACUGCAGAUAGAAGAGUUUCGAAGACUGAGGACCCAUGUUAAAGGUGCAGAACUUUUAGAAGGCUGUGAUGGAAUAUUAGGAGAUAACUUUAGACCAACCCAGCCACUUAGUGAUAGAGUUAUCAGGGCUGCCUUCCAGUAGCAGAAGAAGAAUGGCAACAAAACAAAUCUUUAUACACAGAGGGGGAAGACAAUGCUCCCACAGUGCCCUUGGAUGAGAAAUGGAAACUUUUGAGGCUGCUGCUUCAGUUUAACCACAAAGCUUGUAUUGUCUGCCUUCACCUAAUUCAGUCUUGAUAGACAGCUGUGACAGUUGGUCUGUCCACAUGGUCCAGUGAAAUUCUGGGAAUGGGCUGUACAUUAAAAGAAGAAAACGCAUUAAAUCUUCCAACUCACUGCUGUUAACAUUUUAUAAUUACUACCAUUUAUAUUACAGUUUCUUUACCAGAACACUCUCUAGUUGUGUACAACUCAAAUAAUAUUAGCGUUUAGUUUGGUGUGAAUGAAAACAUAUAUACACUCAAGGUAAAUGCAUCUUUCUUCCAGACUGUAGAUUUUUUUUUUAAUUUUGUAGUCUUAACUUCAUGUUGUGUCACUAACCAAAAAUUCUUCUGUGGAGAACAGUUGAAAAUAUGUUAAUAAUAUAAUUGUUUGCUCACAUGGAAGAUAAUACAGCUUUCAGGAUGGAUUCUCUCUUCCCCCUCCCUGCAACUGUGGAUUAAAAUAUCAACACAAAGUUUA